AGUUCGAUGGACGUCAUAGUGACAUUAUUCGAUUAUUAAUUUUUGUAAAUCGCAAGUGUUUAGUUUACGUCCUUUACGAAUUAAAAAAAAUAUUAUAUACCUUAGAACCAUCAAUAAAAAUAAUGACUCAAUCUAGUUAAAUGAGCUGUAAGCAUUUAUUUUAAAUACGACAUGAUAAGAUAACUCAUAACAAAUAAGAGUCAGUGUCAAAUAAAUAGUGAAAGGUUACACAAGUAACAACAAAAUUGUGGUGCAAUUUUAUCAUAAUCAGGAAUAAUAAUUGCGUCAUAUUAUCGCAAAAAAACUGUUGUUCUAUACGUCUGUAAGUUUAACGAAUUGCGACCGUUCACUAUCAGAUUGGAGAGGAUUGUGCCCGGAUAUAUGCAAGCAGAGUGUUAGUAAAUAUUUUUGAUGAUAUUAGAGGACUCCUGGGAUAUGCCGCCUGAAAAGCGCGGGAGGCGAGGAGUUAGCGACGCGGAUGACGAAGACGACGACUACAGACGAAAGCGAGACCGUAAUAAUGAGGCAGUCAAAAAGAGCAGAUACAAGUCAAAACAGCGAACACAAGAAACCUUUACAAGAGUCAACAAACUGAAAGCAGAGAAUCAAGCGCUUGAAGAAAAAGUGAAAACUCUGACAAAGGAUCUCCAAUUCCUCAAGGAACUGUUCAUGGAAUAUGCAUCUAAUACCGAUAACCCAAAGUUUGAGGGUAUAGAUCUAAAUAAACUGCUGGAAGAUGUGCCAGAUGAGAAAAAAGGCAGUAGCAGUAAAUCAUAAAGGAAAACAUGAUGACAUUAUAAUAAUUAAGCACUGUCUAGUUGACAAUGGUAGAACCAACAUGUUUGGGCAUGUUAUCAAUUCCAUUAUUAUUCUAUAGUGACAAGUUGGGAUUUCUCAAUGAAAAUAGCACUUGAAUCAGUGUAGUAUGGGAGAAUUAUGCUUUUUUUUGAGCCUUCAUGACAAAAUCUUUAUUUUGGAAAAAUAUUACUUGGAUCCACUAUGGUUCUACCCUUGCCAGUUAUUGUAUGGGACUAGAGACAAAUAGAAUGGAGCUUUGCUAUAAUGUGACAUGUUAAAAUGUAAGGGAAGCACCAUAUCUGUGAGGAGAAGACCACCUUUCUUUGUCACUGUGGGUUAUUUCUAUUCAAGACUUUAUGUGCACCAAAAUCCAAUUAUUUAUACACCUUCAACCUUCGUUCUAGUAUCUAUAAGCUUGUAGCCUGUAAAAUGUUCUUAGGAAGUUUCUAGUGUUAAACAUAUAAUUUACACCUAGUACAAAAGUUAAUCAACAGACAAAAGGUGUAACUGUAGUUUAUAAGUGUAUUACAGAUAAAUUAAACAAAGCACAUUAACACAUUGCACCAUUCUAGUUUGACUAGUGAAGUAUGGUGAUCUUCAAAAGGUGAAUUUUUUAGAACAUGCACUAUAAUAAUUUGGAAUUUAAUCAUAACUAGCAUUCCAAUGCCAAUGAUUUCGUUGAUGUGAUAUAAUUUAUAUGCCUAAAGCACUGGGAUCUAUCUAUAAGUGAACUUUUGGAAUAGGAGUACCUACCUUCUUCAUCUAAAUUUACAAACUUUAGCUCUAUUAUAUAAGUGUAGAUGUGUACAAAAGUGUCAAGAAUAAAAGAAAAAUAGUACUUAUUGAAAAGUUGUAUCCAAUAAAUUACUUUUAAGUGUAAAUGUGUCAUUUUACUAAUGAAUUUUAUGCCAUUUUGUUGUUUUUUUUUUUUUACAAAUCUAUGUUUACAAUACUAUAUUUAUUUAUAUUUGGAUAAAAUGUGAAUGAGUGAACAAUAAAUUUAUUUUUAGAAUAAA